AUGCAGACUGCUUCUACAAACAUUUGUGAAAGACUGUGCAAUAAGUCCAUCUGGGACAUUUCCUUGCUACUAAAUAUUCCACGCUCAACUGUUGGUGGUAUUAUAACAAAGUGGAAGCAACUGGGAACAACAGCAACUCAGCCACCAAGUGGUAGGCCACGUAAAAUGACAGAGCGGGGUCAGCGCAUGCUGAAGCGCACAAUGCGCAGCAGUUGCCAACUGUCUGCAGAGUCAAUAGCUAAAGACCUCCAAACAUGGUGUGGCCUUCAGAUUAACACAAUAAUAGAGAGCUUCAUGGAAUGGGUUUACAUGGCCAACAACUUCAUUCAAGCCUUACAUCAACAAGUGCAAUGCAAAGCAUUGGAUGCAGUGGUGUAAAGCGCACCACCACUGGACUCUAG